AUGACCUUCCUGGGGCUCUGUCGCGGCCUCCUCCUCCGGGGGAUCUCCAGGCGCUGCGCGCAUCGGCCUCAACGGAAAGGAGAUUAUGCCGGGUGCUUCCGGCGGGACAGGUCACAACACUUCUCGCUCGAUGGAGUUGAGGACGUGGCAGAGCAAGGCGUCGAACCGCCGCCGUUAUCUCUGGCGAAGAGCCUGGCUUCAGUCGCCGAGGAGUCGGCGGCGGCCGUCCAGAGGCAGAGGAAGCCACUCACGCGGAUGGAGCGGAAGCAGUUGGCUGAGCUCCGCAUAAAGAAGAGGGUCAAGGCGCAGUACCUCGACAGCAGGUUCUACGACCUCAUGGAUAAGGUCGUGGCGAAUGCUGAAACGCUGGAGGGUGCAUACGACAUUGUCCGUCUGAAUUCGAACGUUGACCUAGCGUCUGCAAAGGAUGAUGUCUGCUUUGUCACGCUGGCAGAGCAGCUGAGGAGUGGGGAGUUUGAUGUCCGAGGAAAUGCUUUCUCAGUGGUGGCGAAGAGAAAACGAGGAGGACACCUUGUUCUUCCUAGGCUGAACUUGAAAGUGGUUCAGGAAGCGAUAAGGGUGGUGCUUGAGGUUGUCUAUAGGCCUCAGUUCUCAAAAGAUAUCACAUGGAUGUCGCAGUGGGCGAGGUUAUCACUCAGCUCUCAGGAGAGGAUCGAAGACUCCCAGUUAGUUGCAUUCAUGCGAAAUAUGUUUGAUGCCAAGGUGAUCAAUUUGGUAUUUGGUGGGUAUCCCAAAGGUCAUGGGCUUCCUCAAGAAGGUGUACUUGCACCAAUCCUGAUGAACAUAUAUCUUGACAGUUUUGACCAUGAGGUAUUCAGGAUUUGCUUGAAACAUGAAGGCCUUGGUUUAGAGCCAACAAAUGUUUCAGAAGACCGUGGCUCAAAUUUGCGGCGCUGGUUUCGGAGUCAACUUAAUGGCAGGGAUGAAAGUAGUGAAGGUCAAACAGAUUGUCAGACAAAGGUAAAGCUAUAUGCUUGUAGGUAUAUGGAUGAGAUUUUCGCAGCAGUUUCUGGAUCCAGAGAUGAUGCAGAAGAUAUGAGAUCUGAAAUGGUUGCUUACUUAAACAAAUCACUUUACUUGGAUGUUGACGAUAAAUUUCAUCUUAUACCAAUCAGAAGGAACCCACGGGGCUUGCAAUUUUCUGGUGUUGUGGUCAGAGUAGAAACGAAGGAAAAUGCUAAACUAAAAGCUGUGCAUAAGCUGAAGGAGAAGAUUGGUCUGUUUGCUUCUCAGAAGCAAGAGAUUUGGGACGCUAUGAAUCUUAGAGUAGGAAAGAGGUGGUUGGCAUAUGGCUUGAGAAGAAUAAAAGAGAGUGAGAUCAAGUCGCUUGGCCUUAGCACCCCUUUGCUGGAUCACAUUGCACAAUUUAGAAAAGAGGGAAUGAAGACAGAUCACUGGUUCAAAACUUUGCUAAAGGUAUGGAUGCAGGAUGUUAAUGCCAAAAAUGAGCUAAAUGAGGAUGUUCUCUUAUCAAAAUACAUUGCUGAACCAGCACUUGCGCAAGACCUUAGGGAUGCAGUCUACAACUUCCAGAAGCAAGCUAAACAUUACAUUUCAUCAGAGAUUGCUGCAACAGAAGCAUUGUUGUCCAAUUUAAAGAGUGAGGAAUCAACUAGUACCUGCACUAAUGGCAGUGCCAUUAAAAUUAAUGCACCUCUUAGCUAUAUUCAGAAGUGCCUUCAUCGCUAUGGUAUAAUUAAUCUUGAAGGUUUCCCUAGGCAUGUCUCAGCCCUUGUCUUGCAAGAUGAUGAGUUAAUAGUAAGUUGGUUUGCAGGAAUAAUUCAUCGUUGGGUAAGAUGGUUUUCUGAAGUUGAUAAUUUUAAAGAACUUCAGCUUAUGUUUGUCAAUUGUGUCAGAAAAUCCUGCAUCAGGACACUAUCUGCAAAGUACAGGAUGUAUGAAAAACUGACAGAAAAGCGGUUUGAACUUGAUGAUCAUGGCAUUCCAAUGGUUGAGGAUUUUGAGGCAAUAAUUAAACCUUUAGAAUCUAGUUAUUCCGUGGCUUCUACUGAUGAAGCUUUGAUGUAUGGCAUUUUUAGUAGCGGUUUAGUUGUGCUAACACUGUCAAGAGUUAUCCCUACUCGACAAUCCAACUGCUUUGUCAUGGGCUGCCAAUCUGCGUCACCAAGUAUGUAUGUGCUUCAUGUGAAGGAGAAACAGCGUUUCCCUGGAUGGAGGACAGGUUUCUCGUCAUCAAUCAAUGGGAUUUUGGAUGGUAAACGAAUUGGAUUGUGCACCCAGCAUAUUAAAGAUCUAUAUCUAGGACACAUCUCCCUUCAAUCAGUUGAUUUUGGUUCACUGCUUAGAUGA